AUGUCGGCGACGGGGCCCGUCAGCAACUAUUACGUGGACGCGCUCAUCUCGCACGACAACGAGGACCUGCUGGCGUCCAGGUUCCCGGCCACGGGCGCGCACCCCGCGGCCGCCCGGCCCAGCGGCUUGGUGCCCGACUGCGGCGACUUCCCGUCCUGCAGCUUCGCGCCCAAGCCCGCCGUGUUCGGCACGUCGUGGGCGCCCGUGCCCGCGCAGUCGUCCGUGGUGUACCACCCGUACGGCCCCCAGCCCCACCUCGGCGCCGACGCGCGCUACAUGCGGACUUGGCUCGAGCCGCUGCCCGGCGCCGUCUCCUUCCCCGGCUUCCCGGCCGGCGGCGGCCGCGCCUACGGCCUCAAGCCCGACGCCUACCCCGGCCGCCGCGCCGACUGCGGCCCGGCCGACGCCCGCGCCUACCCCGACUACGUGUACGGCUCGCCCGGGGAGCUGCGCGACCGCGCCCCGCAGGGCCUGCCCUCGCCCGAGGCGGACGCGCUGGCCGGCGGCGCCAAGCACAAAGAGGAGAAGGCCGACCUGGACCCCAGCAACCCCGUGGCCAACUGGAUCCACGCCCGGUCCACAAGGAAGAAGCGCUGCCCCUACACCAAGUACCAGACGCUGGAACUGGAGAAGGAGUUUCUCUUCAAUAUGUAUUUAACCAGGGACCGUCGGUAUGAGGUGGCCCGGGUUCUAAACCUCACCGAGCGGCAGGUCAAAAUCUGGUUUCAGAACCGAAGGAUGAAGAUGAAAAAAAUGAAUAAAGAGAAAACCGACAAGGAGCAAUCCUAA